GAAAUGGCAGCGCUGAGGCAGGAGCAUCGGUAUGGACUCUCCUGCGGACAGAUCCACAAAGGCUUUACGAACCAGAGCCUGUACCACGUCAAACUCACUGACACGGCUCUGCGGACCCUGGAGACCUACCAGAGCGUCAAGGUGUCCCUCUCCCAGCGGCCGACCAUCUGCUUCACAGGAAACCAGGGGUACUUAAAGAUCCCAGCGCCUACCCCCGAGUAUCCAGAUGGAUUUAGAGUCUUCUCCUUCUACUUGUCCAAUGAAAGCAAAGAGAAACCUCAAUCCAGUUUUGUCUGUGUCCAACAGUAUGUUUCUGGGGAGGGCAAGGAUCUCCUGGAGGGCAGGGGUAGUAUCCAGGACAAGAUAACGGUUUGUGCCACAGACGACUCGUAUCAGACGACCCGCGAGCGCAUGUCCCAGGUGGAGAAGGACACCUGGAGCCGCUCCGCUAUUGAAAUCAAACCUGCACCUGGUAAGUUUGUGAAGGUCCAGAGGAAGCAGACUCUGGUCUCAGAUGGAUUCAACAAACUCUCUCCAAGCUACAAGAGAAACCUGGCCCCCAGCCCUGCGGCACAGCGCCCUCUGCUGGAGCGUGUGAUUCAUCUGCUGGCCCUGAAGCCCUAUCGCAAACCUGAGCUGCUGCGGAGCCUCGAGCGGGAAGGACUCACCCCCAAGGAUAAGGCUGACCUGAGCGCGGUGCUGGACGAGGUUGGCACUCUGAAUCCAAAAGACCACAGCUACUCUCUGAAGGAGGAGCUGUACAGACAAGUGCAGAAAGACUGGCCGGGGUACAUGGAGGAGGAGAGACAACUGAUCCACAGGCUGCUCAUCAAGAAACUUCCGCCUCUUCACAUCGGGCAAAUCAGGAGUCCUCAGUCCAACCACUCGUCCUUCAGAGCUCCUGGAGACUCCCCCUCUCAGCUGAGUCCGGUUAAAACAGUGAAACGCCCCCUGAACCCCGCCUUUCUUAACUGUAAAACCCCAAAGAAACAGAGACUGGAUCUGAGCCAGGACACCACCACGUCCCCCUGUAACACAGAGAACUCACAUGUGAGAGUGGAGUUUACAUCUUUCCCCCUGUACUCCCCUCACAAACCGGGAGAGUCCACCACAGCGAGCGCGUCGCCACAAACGGAGAGGACAGUGCCGGCGUCGCCUUUGUCCAGAGCCCCCCACACACACAGCCCCUGCGCCGAGUUUACAAACAGCCAACACAAAAAGAAACACAAAAAGCAUAAAGGGAAAGAGAGAGCGCGACUGAAACCGGACUGGAUCGAAAGCAGCCCACAUCAGACGACACAAGAAAACUCUAAAGAAGGAGAGCAGGAGAGCACACGAGGUCGAAUCACCGAGGACCUGCCUGACUAUUUAAUAAAAUACAAAACUGUCACCUCGAUGGAGCAGAGGCAGCAGUACCAGGAGGAUUUCGGCGCAGAAUACAGCGAGUACAGGGCUCUUCACGACCACAUCAGGACAGUCACGGACAUUUUCAUUCAGAUGGCCUCCGAGAUCAACUCCCUCUCCCCAGGAACUCAGGAACACAAGCUUAUGGAAGACAGGAUUCUGCAGAAGUACAAGAAGUAUAAAAAGAGAUUCCCUGGUUAUCGGGAUGAGAAGAGGCGCUGCCAGUACCUCCACCACAAACUGUCACAUAUCAAAAGCCUGAUCAUGGAUUACGACCGAGCGCAUGGCCUUACAUAGUCCUUUCUUUUACAUCAGAAACUCUCCCGCACUGAUAACCACGCUAUUUUUGAGCUCGCCACGUUUCUACUGCCUCACAAAUUGACCGCACAAUCAUUUAGUGUUGAUAAAUCCAGUGAUGUAAAGGUCAGACAUAUCAAAACAAAAUAUCUACACAUGUAUUAUCAACUGUGAGUGCCUUUUCAAAAACAAAGAUGUCAGAAACUUCACAACCGUCUCAGAUAA